AUGAACGACAUAGCCUUCACGAUUCUCAAUAGAAGUUGUUUGUCAGAGCUUUCUCGAAUUAUAGCGGCUGAAACACUAAAAAAUCCGUAUCACCGGUUCAAACUUGUCGAGAAGGGGAAGAAAACCAAUAUACCAAAAGAAAAACCGAAAGUUGCGUAUUCGGUGGCUUUGGUGUUAGCAUUUCUCUCGGCUGUGAAUGAAAAUCGACAACUAGAAGAUUGGUCACCAGCCGAUUUUGGCCGUUUAUCUGAAAGACUUCUGCUGUUGUUAAGGACAAAGUAAAUAAAUAAGAAUUUUGUAAAUUGAAAAUUACGACCAUUGUUGUUUUUGUAAUCAUGAUUCAACGCAUAUUUCCAUCUUAAGAGUUGGCGCCAACGCACUCUGCGAUUGUUAUUCGAGGAUUGUCCAUUCAUUUAUUUUCAUUUAUUAAUGAAGUCGGCUUUUCUUCCCAGUUGAGGGCCAUUGUGUUUAUAUGAUAAACAAAAUAGGACAUGGUUGCUUGUAGAUAUAGAAUUUCUCUUCUCGUGUUCAACUCGUCAUCUCACUCAUGAGCUAUCGAGUUAAACACUGGAAGAUAAAUUCCAUAUCUAAGCGCGUCCAUGUAUUAUUCUCUAUUUAUCAAUUGAACUAAUGUUAAUCGAGAGAAUAGACGCAAAUCUCAUCGUGUUUGUAGACGUGAUCGUGAACCAAGCAGAAUACCAAUACGAAGUUUGAAAAGGUUGAGGAACAAGAGCAGAAAGGUUAGAAAAUUUGACUACGCAUGUAUUCUCUCAUGUAUUCCCUUGUCAUCUACAUUGUACUGUUAUGUUAGUGCUAAAAAACUACUAAAUAAGAGGAUAUUUAAGUGUAACUGUCGUGAAAGAAUUCGUCAAAGUAUAGGAAAGGUAAAAUAUCGUGCCAGUCGAUAUUUAACAUUGUUUUCUUGUAACAAACUGAUGUUUUCUUGCAAGAGUGAGGCUUAUGUAGCAAAUUAUUGCUGCAGCAACUAUAAAUUAAGUGGAGACAUAGAAAAAAAUCCUGGCCCUCCCACAUAUGUUUACCUUAACAAAACAGUAAUGUUGUGUUGCAAUGAGUGUGUUCUUUGAUUUACAAUAGCACACAAGGGAUCAGCUCUGCAAAUGAUCUUAUUCAAAUAAUGAAUAUUGGAAAUCAGCUUUUUUUUCAUGUUUGUUACAAUUAGCU